AUGGAGGAGAAAGUUUCCGAGGCGCUGGCGCCCGCGGCGCGCGGCUGCGCCGAACCCGGCGCCUGGACCCUCGCUCCUCCCGCCGCCGCCGCGUCCUCGGCCGAAUCGUCGUCCGGCUCGGAAACUCUGUCCGAGGAAGGGGAGCCCGGCAACCUCUCCCGCAGCUCGCCGCCGCCGCCGCCGCGACCGCAGCAGCAGCAGCCGCCGGGCGGCGCCCUCGGUGCCCGGCCGCCCGCCGCCUGGUCUCCCGCGCGCGUGGGGCUGGAGCGGGGAGUCCCCGCGCUGCCGCUGCCGCCCCGCGGGGGAGCCGCGCCGCCCGCGCCCCGGGACAGCAGCGCGUCCCAGGAGGAGCAGGACGAGGAGCUUGACCACAUACUGUCUCCACCUCCUAUGCCAUUUCGGAAAUGUAGCACCCCAGACGUGGCUCGUGGCCCCGGAAAGUCACUGAAGUAUAAGCGGCAGCUCAGCGAGGAUGGGAGGCAGCUGCGGCGAGGGAGCCUAGGUGGGGCGCUCACCGGGCGCUACCUCCUUCCCAACCCGGUGGCCGCGCAGGCCUGGUCCACCUCCGCCGAGACGUCCAACCUCGUGCGCAUGCGCAGCCAGGCGCUGGGCCAGUCGGCUCCGUCGCUCACGGCCAGCCUGAAGGAGCUGAGUCUCCCCCGAAGAGGAAGUCUUUGCCGAACAAGCAACCGGAAAAGCUUGAUAGGCAAUGGCCAGUCACCAGCGUUGCCUAGACCACACUCGCCUCUCUCUGCACACGCAGGAAACAGCCCUCAAGAUAGUCCAAGAAAUUUCUCCCCCAGUGCCUCCGCCCACUUCUCGUUUGCCCGGAGAAAUGACAGGACCGAUGGACGUCGCUGGUCCCUGGCCUCCCUCCCCUCCUCUGGCUAUGGGACGAACACCCCCAGCUCGACCGUCUCUUCGUCCUCUUCCUCGCAGGAGAAGCUGCAUCAGUUACCAUACCAGCCGACACCAGAUGAAUUACACUUCCUGUCAAAACAUUUCUGUACCACGGAAAGCAUCGUCACCGAGAACAGAUGUAGGAACACACCCAUGCGGCCCCGUUCCCGAAGUCUCAGCCCUGGACGCGCCCCUACCUGCUGUGACCAUGAAAUAAUUAUGAUGAACCAUGUCUACAAAGAAAGGUUCCCAAAGGCCACGGCUCAGAUGGAGGAGCGUCUCAAGGAGAUCGUCACCAGCUACUCCCCCGACAACGUCCUCCCCCUGGCGGACGGAGUGCUCAGCUUCACUCACCAUCAGAUUAUCGAGCUGGCUCGCGAUUGUCUGGACAAAUCCCACCAGGGCCUCAUCACCUCGCGAUACUUCCUUGAGUUGCAGCACAAGUUAGAUAAGUUGCUGCAUGAGGCUCACGAUCGCUCUGAGAGCGGAGAACUGGCGUUUAUUAAACAGCUAGUGCGAAAGAUCCUCAUUGUGAUCGCCCGGCCUGCCCGGCUACUGGAGUGCUUGGAAUUUGAUCCUGAAGAGUUUUACUACCUACUGGAAGCAGCAGAGGGCCAUGCCAAGGAAGGCCAGGGCAUCAAAACUGACAUCCCCAGGUAUAUCAUCAGCCAACUGGGGCUCAACAAGGACCCUCUGGAAGAAAUGGCUCAGUUGGGGAACUAUGAUAGCGGGACGGCAGAAACAUCAGAAACUGGCGAGUCUUUGAGUAGCUCUAAUACUUCUCUGAAGCUUCGAAGAAAACCUCGAGAAAGCGACUUCGAGACGAUUAAAUUGAUUAGCAAUGGAGCCUAUGGGGCAGUCUACUUUGUCCGGCACAAAGAAUCCCGACAGCGGUUUGCCAUGAAGAAGAUUAACAAACAGAACCUCAUCCUCCGGAACCAGAUCCAGCAGGCUUUUGUGGAGCGCGACAUCCUGACCUUCGCGGAAAACCCCUUCGUGGUCAGCAUGUAUUGCUCUUUUGAGACACGGCGCCACCUGUGCAUGGUCAUGGAGUACGUGGAAGGGGGAGACUGUGCGACCUUAAUGAAAAACAUGGGUCCUCUCCCUGUCGAUAUGGCCAGGAUGUACUUUGCUGAGACGGUUUUGGCCUUGGAAUAUCUGCAUAAUUAUGGAAUUGUACACAGGGAUUUGAAACCAGACAACUUGUUGGUGACCUCCAUGGGACACAUAAAGCUGACCGAUUUCGGGCUGUCUAAGGUGGGACUGAUGAGCAUGACUACCAAUCUUUACGAGGGUCAUAUCGAGAAGGAUGCCCGAGAGUUCCUUGAUAAACAGGUCUGCGGCACGCCCGAGUACAUUGCGCCGGAGGUGAUUCUGAGGCAAGGCUAUGGCAAGCCGGUGGAUUGGUGGGCCAUGGGCAUCAUCCUGUAUGAGUUUCUGGUUGGAUGCGUGCCGUUCUUCGGAGACACUCCCGAAGAGCUGUUUGGACAAGUCAUCAGUGAUGAAAUCAACUGGCCGGAAAAGGAUGAGGCCCCUCCACCAGAUGCCCAGGAACUGAUCACCUUGCUGCUCAGGCAGAACCCUCUGGAGAGGCUGGGGACAGGUGGUGCCUAUGAGGUCAAGCAGCACCGCUUCUUCCGCUCUUUGGACUGGAACAGUUUGCUGAGACAGAAGGCAGAAUUCAUUCCCCAGCUGGAAUCGGAGGACGACACAAGUUAUUUUGAUACUCGAUCAGAGAAGUAUCAUCAUAUGGAGACGGAGGAGGAAGAGGACACAAAUGAUGAGGACUUCACCAUGGAGAUCAGGCAGUUUUCCUCCUGUUCACACAGGUUUUCGAAAGUUUUCAGCAGCAUAGAUCGAAUCAUUCAGAACUCAGAAGAGAAGGAAGACUCCGGGGACAGAACCAAGAGCACUGCUCUGCCGUCGGCGGAGACACUCAGCUGGAGCUCAGAGUACUCAGAGGGGCACCAGCUGUCAACGUCCAACUCUUCAGAUACCGAAAGCAACAGACAGAAGCUCGGCUCUGGCCUGCUUCCCAAGCUGGCUAUCUCCACAGAAGGGGAACGAGGCGGGGUCACCCCCUGCCCCGGGGACCCCCGCGAGGAGCCCGAGAAGCCGGUCCUUCCUCCGGAAGAGGGUGCCCCGGAGGAGCCCGAGGUCACCACGCCGGCCAGCACCAUCAGCAGCUCCACGCUGUCAGUCGGCAGUUUCUCAGAGCACUUGGACCAGAUAAAUGGCCGCAGCGAGGGUGUGGACGGUGCAGAUAAUUCCUCAAAGCCAUCCAGUGAACCCACGUCUCACGUGGCUCGACAGCGAUUAGAAAGCACAGAGAAAAAGCGAAAAGUGACAAAGUCCCUUUCCGCCAGUGCUCUGUCCCUCAUGAUCCCGGGAGACAUGUUUGCUGUGUCUCCACUGGGGAGCCCAAUGUCCCCCCACUCCUUGUCCUCGGACCCUUCUUCUUCGCGAGAUUCCUCUCCCAGCCGGGAGUCCUCCGCAGCUUCUUCCAGCCCCCAUCAGCCCAUUGUCAUUCACAGUUCGGGGAAGAAUUACGGCUUCACCAUCCGAGCCAUCCGCGUGUACGUGGGGGACAGCGACAUCUACACGGUGCACCACAUCGUUUGGAACGUCGAAGAAGGAAGUCCCUCGUACCAGGCAGGCCUGAAGGCUGGAGAUCUGAUCACACACAUCAACGGAGAGCCCGUGCACGGGCUGGUCCACACCGAGGUCAUUGAGCUGCUGCUGAAGAGUGGAAAUAAGGUGUCGAUCACCACGACCCCAUUUGAAAACACGUCGAUCAAAACGGGACCAGCCAGGAGAAACAGCUACAAGAGCCGGAUGGUGAGGCGGAGCAAGAAGUCCAAGAAGAAGGAAAGUCUGGAAAGGAGGCGAUCCCUCUUCAAAAAGCUGGCCAAACAGCCCUCCCCGUUACUGCACACCAGUCGAAGCUUCUCGUGCUUGAACCGGUCCCUGUCGUCCGGGGAGAGCCUCCCGGGCUCCCCGACGCACAGCCUCUCGCCGCGCUCCCCGACCCCCAGCUAUCGGUCCACCCCCGAUUUCCCAUCCGGUACCAACUCCUCCCAGAGCAGCUCCCCAAGUUCAAGCGCCCCUAACUCCCCGGCAGGAUCCGGUCACAUCCGGCCCAGCACCCUGCACGGCCUGGCCCCCAAGCUGGGCGGUCAGCGCUACCGCUCGGGCCGGCGCAAGUCGGCGGGCAGCAUCCCGCUGUCGCCGCUGGCCAGGACGCCCUCGCCGACGCCGCAGGCCACCUCCCCGCAGCGCUCGCCGUCCCCGCUGCUGGGCCCCCCGCUGGCCACCGCUAAGGUGGCCCAGGCCUUCCCGAGCAAGAUGCACUCGCCUCCCACCAUCGUGCGGCACAUUGCGAGGCCCAAGAGCGCCGAGCCACCGCGCUCCCCGCUGCUCAAGCGCGUGCAGUCCGAGGAGAAGCUGUCGCCCUCCUACGGCGGGGACAAGCGGCACCUGUGCGCCCGGAAGCACAGCCUGGAGGUGACCCAGGAGGAGGUGCAGCGCGCGGCCACGCUGCAGGGCCCCGAGGACACGGGCGGGUGCGAGGCGCCCGCGCUGAGCCGCGCGCGGCCCGUGGAGCAGGGCUGCCUGAAACGGCCCGUGGCCCGCAAGCUGGGGCGCCAGGAGGCCGCCGACGAGCCGGACCGGGACAGGCUCAAGGUCAAGGUGGUGGGCAAGAAACACGACUGCCAGCCCAAGCCCCCGGGCGGCGAGUCCGAAGGCCUCGGGCGCGAGGAGCAGCGAGACGCGAAGGUGUACCCCAAGGGCUUGGAGAGGUCGGGGCCCCUGCAGAGCCGGACCCCCGAAACCCCACCCCUGGGCGGCCCGCCCAAGGGCGCACCGCACAAGCAGGCCAGCGCGAGGGCCAGUGACGACGGGGUGACCGCGGAGGGGACAGCAGCUGGGGAGCGCAGCCGAGGCGCCGCCGGGGACUGCAAGCGCGCCCCAGCUCCGUGCGCCCCCCAAGACGGCGCGGGCCACCACGGCGCCCCUCCCGGGAAGGACGGGCACCCCGAGAAGGCGUCGCCGGCCAAGGACUUCCUCCGGUGCGAGAAGCUGGACAGCAAGCUGGCCAACAUCGAUUACCUCCGGAAGAAAGUGGCCCUGGAGGACAGGGACGACAGCCACUGCUCCGUCCUGAAGGCCAAGAAGACGUGCGGCCCCCAUGACUGCGCCCCCGGGACCCCCGCGCGGCCCGUCGCCGGGCAGCAGGAGGCCGCGCCGGCCUUGGAGAGCCGGGCAUCGGGUGGCAGCCCGCACACGGCGCAGAUAGGCACCGUCUCCUUCGGGCCCCUGAAGGCCUUAGCCGGGCGAGUGGACAGCAGCGGAGGGGAGAAAGCUGGCUUGGUGUCCCCCGAACCUCCCGCCAGGAAGAGUCCCUCCGAGUAUAAGCUGGAAGGCAGGUCAGUGUCCUGCCUGAAGCCCAUUGAGGGCACACUGGACAUUGCCCUCCUGUCGGGACCCCACGCCUCCAAGACGGACUUACCCUCGCCAGUGCCCCCACCCAGCCCCGGCCUCAGCAUGGGGCCCUCGGUGCCCGCUGUUCUUUGUGGGAAGAAGGGUGACCCCUCCAGCCUGAAAGAGCCUUCCUCUGCAAACCCAAAGGCGAAUAAAUCCUGCCUGCUUGAGCCUCGGUUUCUGCCCCCCGUCCGGGGUCACCAGGACAGCCCACCACCUCCCCUGCUGGACUCUGAGUCAAAGACAAGCAGGAAACCUUGCAGUCCUGCGGCUCGGAGCCCGGGGACGCUUACAGAGGGCGGGGCCCCCCAACGUCAAGACCGCUCUGCCGAUGCCAGGGUCUCCCCUGACACAGGGCAGGCCCCCCCACGCGGUGGGUGCACCCCGCUCCCCACGAAGGAGAAGCUGUGCCCCAAGGAGCCAGCGGAGAAAGCCCUGGUUCUAGGCAGAAGCGAAAGGGCCACCUCGAGGGCAGACGUGCACGGCGACCCCCGUGGGCAGCCGGGGCCUGCGGAGGCUGGCACACACAGUGGCAGUGCCGGAGGCCUCCCAGCUGGCAGGAGAAGCCACCUUGAUCUCUACAACAGCCACUCUCAGGCCACGGGCAAAGCUCGCGGGCCGUGGGCACAGACCGACCACGGAGAUGGCCGAGCCGAGGGCAGCUCCCUUGCCCGGGAAGACGCCUCCUUGCUGUGCCAAGAGGAAGCGGGCAGGCUCAAAAGUGGCAUGGAACCCAAGCCGGACCCUCGGGCUGCAAGGCGCCCCCUACAGCCAUGUGGCCCGGAGAGUGACCAGAGAGAGUGGCUGUCAGCCUUGCCCCCCUUCGAGAAACAGGUGCCCAAAGAGCUGGCCGGCCUGACCCCUCGCGCUUCCCCGAGCUUCACGUGCAUCAGGGAGCCAGGGGGCAAGCCCACGGUGGCAGAGCCCAGCUCCGGCCUCCGGGAGCCGCCCCCGCCUGUGGCUGCCACUGCUUCCAGCGACAGCGGCUGCCCCAAGUGCCCCCCUGGCCUGGAUCCCAGCCCUCCAAGGUCCAAGCACCCAGACAGAUCCCUCUCCUCACAGAAACUCAGCGCCGGGGCCCCAAAAAGCAAAGAGCCUGUCCUGCAAGCCCCCGCCAUCACCCCCAGUAAAGCAAGCGAUGCGGCUGGCCGAGGAAAAGGGGGUGUCACCGUCACAGCCCACGUCGAAGAGGGACCCAUGGGUUCCAAACCGAAACCCAGCGAUGCUGGGUGGCCCCCAGAGAUGCAUCUGCCCAGCCUAGAACAACCAGGGUCCAGCGAGGCUGGAGACCAGAAGCUUCUCACUGCCAGUGAAAAGCAGAGCUUGUCUCCAAAGCACCCCAAACCAUCCACUGUGAAAGACUGCCCUCCUCUGUGCAGACAGACAGACAGAAGCCCAAGUCAGCAGGCCACAGCAGGAGGAGACAGGAAGCCCGAAGACCAGAAGCACGCUGAGGUGCUUUCUGGGUCAGCAGCCGAGGCUGGCAAGGUAGAAACGCAGGGUGGCACCCCGCCAAAGGACUCCAGGCGGAAGGACACGGGUCCUCUGAAGGCCCUGGCCGAGGCUGGCAAGCCCAGCUCCGUGAAACGGUCGCCCCUGGCCUCCGGACAGAGUCCUCUGCACCCAGGUGCCCUUCCAGAAACGUCUCUCAGCUAUUCGGCCAGCUUUCCCGAGUCCACCCCGGCCAACGGGAGCACGCCCGAGGCCCUAGUGUCUGGCCUCCGGGACCCCAGGAAGCCCCAGUCCGGAGGGGACAGCAGAACCCAGAUGACAAAGAGUGACUCCCUGCCUUCCUUCCGCCUGUCCACCGCCAGCCUGGAGUCACACCUCCCAGACUCCCAGGUGCCCAGCGGGACCGCCGGCCACCGGGACAGGGCACCGUCAGUGACUGCCAUCAGUGCAGAACCCAAAGGGCGAGAGCCACCCCCAGCUAGGAAGCAGAACGCGGGCAGGGAGGUGACCAGGACACCCCCAAGCAUGGAUCGCCCUCUGCCCUUGGCUUCAGAGAAGGACUUCGUGGUGAGGCAGAGGAGAGGGAAGGAAAGCUCCCGCAGCUGCCCCCACAAAAAGGCCUCCUAACCCGAGGUCCAGUGGCAGGGCUGGCCACCAGGCCCUAAGCGUGCCACUGGGUCUUCAUCCCCCCCCCCCCGGCCCCCAACCACCCUUUUUGAAACCAGCACUGUGUGAAUGUCCACCAGAAAGAGCUCGGAGCCUCACAUAGGAGGGGGAGAGACAAGAGACAAAGAGGGAACUUUCUUCCAAAUGCCUUCCCAGUGGUUACCGGUAAAGCCAGAUCAGCGUUCAGAGGGUGGAGGGUGUGACGACGGAUGCCAUCUGUACGGACCUAGCAACGCGUUUGGCUCGGGGUGUAGUUGGUACCCUGCUGGGAACUGCAGCUUCCGUGGGUAAAGAUCUUCGCUGCCCUUACUGUAGUCGUGAAGCCAAGUGGUCAAAACCAGGUGUGUGUGUGUAAAAAACAUAUCUAUAUAGCGAUCCAUCCAUGUUCACGUAUGUACACAUCCGCCUACAUGUGUUGGCCUGUGGUUUGCGAAUAUUUCCAGGCUUCCUUUUACGAUCGGUAAAGUUAAAGGCGAAAGGAAGCCCUUGAAGACGGGAGAUGGUGAGUUUUUAAUUUGUAGCUGAAGCAGAAUUUCUGAUAGCGUUGGAUUUGGAAACCUAGAUUUCCAGAUCUAAAAGCAAGAAACCACUCCAGUCGCUGCAUUUGAACACCCUCCACUAGGAAUGUCCCGGACAAGGGGAUCAGUCAUUUCACAGUCAUCUGGCCUUAGGUCCAACUGUCCAAAAGACCCAUUGUCUAAAAUGGUGAGGUCAAACAGAACUGAAGACACAGGCGCUUCCUGUUCUGUCUCCCCCGCCCUGACCCUAAGGCCUCUCUGCUGUGAGUCCAAGAAGCACAUGUUUUUGGUAGCUCUGCACCAGCUCUGCUCUUGAAUAAAAAGAAAAGAAAAAAAAAAAACAAAAUCACUGGUUGUACACAAGUCUACUACUUACAUUGAGUGAUCACAUUAGGCAUUGGAAGAGGUUUAAAUUUGCUUUUUUCUUCUCUUUUCUUUUUUUUUUUUUUUUUUAAGAAAAGGAGGGGUGGAUUUGGGCAUCAUUGCAUCUACAAAGGAUUAACCAGGACAUCAGAUACAUUUUAUUACAUAGCUGGGGCCUUAUGUUAUAGUAUGAAGCUUGCUGUUUUUAAGCAAGCUCCUGGGAUUUACAUUCAUUUCUGAUGCAUCAAGUAUCUCCAUCCGUCUCAUAACAUGAUCUCUUUAUUUGUAUGCAAAAGAAAAAUACUGUCUUCAUAAAGAACAGCAUUUUGUAACAAAGCGAGUGGAGCUCCUUGGUGCUUGAAUGUGACCAUACUUUUCACUUUUGCUAAGCCUUAUUUAAAUUUUGUAUACCAUGAGAUCUGUAGACCAUGUCAAAUCAUUUUAGUGCUAAGGGUAUCUUGACUUGUUUUUUGUUGUGACCGUUUUGAGUGGCAAUACGGAUGACUAUUUAUAAGAUACUUGCUAUCCAGGGCAAGACUGUUUUGCAAGAGGAAAACAAUUACCAGUAAAUAAUUAAUCUCACACCAACCCUGCCUCAGGGGGAUGUCUCCUAUUUUCAUGCUGUAAAGUUGUUUUUAGAACACAGCAUGCUCUUUUUUUUUCAACCCUGAGGAUUGGAAAUCACCCAGAAUGGCUGUAAACACUCCACACACAAAGGCACCACUUUCACCAAUGGCUUGGUUGUCCUUUGUUGUUAAAAAAAACAAACAAACAAGAAAAACCAGUCUCAUCUUUGUCCCUCUCCAACACCCCCCCCCCCAAAUAAGUAGUUGCUAUUCUACAUUGUGAAAUGUUUCUACAAGAAACAUUUCCACAAGAACUUAAGUGGGUUUCAAACAUGGUCUUGAAACUUAUAAUGCAUAUCUGUCUGUAGAUGUCUGUCUCCACUCUGAUAUCACCGCGACAGGAAUGUCCGGGAGGUAGUUCAUGGUUUCCAGCUUUUCCAUUGUAACUGUCAACUUUUCUUUAAAAGCACAACUUAGCUGCUUGUUUACAAAGGAUAUUUUUAUGUAUAUUUUGUAUAGUGUAUUAUCAUUUUGCCAAAUAUGGGGUUUUGUGUUUUUGUUUUCUUUUGCAUUUUGGGUGAGUAAGAAGUACUUAAGGCUGUAUCCAUGUGAUUCCUGUUCGUCGUGUGGUAACCCUCUCCAGUCAGCUGGUAGAAAUUCUCCUAACCGUGUUUGGUCUGGUCAGUCUCCGUGUGGUCGUGAGAUGUGCUCCUCGGUAGAACGCCCCCCGCUGAAGACGCCCAGCGUCAGAGUUUGUUAGGAUCUGUGCAAUAACGUGUUUGCAGUCUUAUUUUCUCUAAGAAAAGUCCCCUGUGGAUGUCAUAAUUGUUGUACAUUGAACAAAUAUUUAUACUGAUGCAUAACAUUGAAUAAAAAUUUAGCAUGAAAAAUGA